ACGCAAAGUCGACAGUAGUCACCCCCAGGUUGAUCGCGUAGGUGGUUAUUUGGGGUGGAUUUGAUCCCCGCCAGGGGAAGUUGUUCGUCGUCUGAAUUCCGACCUCAGCUUAAAAACCCGGCGCGAACCUGACUCGGUACCGCAGCUGCGUCCUGCAGAGUUUGUUUUGUGAUAAGUGAAGGGCUGAGUGGAAGUAAAAGGGGCGCCGAAGAUGCGAUCGAAAAGGUACGCGGCCUCGAACUUCACAGGAUAAAUUUCGAAGCACCAGAUCGAUCCUGGACGAGUUUCAACCACCGGCAAUGGGGUUCGCGUGAUUCACGGCUUGGAGAACAAUUCCACGGGCGAUUCAGUGCACUUGAGGAGGGGAAUCGAGUGUCGAAGAGUCGAGGAAACGCCAGAGAGAAGAAAAGUGAAUUCGGAGACAAGCCAUCCGAGUCAAAUAAGCCACGUAAGAAAGAAAGAGCGUGACAUCUGUGCCAAAAGCUUUAGGGCUGGGAGGAGGAGGAGGCAGGAGUUGCGUGAGGUUGUGUACCGAGGUGAAGUAGUGGACGGAAGUGGUUGGGACGGAGUGAAGUGCAAAGAAGGGUGAAAGGGGGGACCAGGCACCUCAGGGUGGGUGGGGGGAUGCGGCGCGUAGGGGGGGCGGCAUGGAGGAGCCCUCGCUGGAGGCUCUCAUGCAGGCGGGCCUCAUCUUCGUGGUCGGCGUCGCCAUCAUACUUUCGAAUCUGCUCAUCAUCGCCACCUACCUCAACUUCCGCGGCCCCAGCGAGGUGAUAAACUACUACUUGCUGUCAUUGGCCUCAGCCGAUCUACUCUGCGGAUUGCUAGUUGUUCCGCUCUCCGUUUACCCAGCGUUAGUGCGGCGAUGGGUCUACAGCGACAUCGUGUGCCGGCUAAUCGGCUACCUGGAGGUCACGCUCUGGGCAGUCUCGGUCUACACCUUCAUGUGGAUUUCCGUCGACCGAUACCUCGCCAUCAGGAAACCACUCAGAUACGAGACGGUGCAGACGAAGACGAGGUGCCAAUGCUGGAUGGCGUUCACUUGGAUCAGCGCUGCAAUGAUGUGCUGUCCACCUCUCCUCGGCUUCAACAAGGCGAUCUUCGAUCACGAAGCCUUCAUAUGCAUGCUCGACUGGGGAAACAUGGCCGCGUACACCGUGACUCUGUCCAUCCUGGUCCUGGGCCCAUCGGUGAUCACAAUCGUCUACACCUACUACUACAUAUUCUCAAUGAUGAGGAAACUGAGAUCCGGCGUGCCUAUCCACGACAAGGAGUACGCUACAGCGCUGUCCGAAAACCUGAGCAAUCCUAGUCACAUCAUGUCCUUCGUCCUGGUGAUGACGUUCUGGGCCUCCUGGGCGCCGUACGCUGGUCUCAAACUCUACGCGGUCGUUAAUGGACCACCGCAGGUACCAUUCCUGAACUUCGCUGUCGUGUGGUUCGGGCUUACCAACAGCUUCUGGAAAGCCGUUGUCCUCGGGACCCUGAGUCCCCAGUUUCGACUCGCCGCCCGGGUCCUCUGUCUGACUCUGUGCUGCCGACACCGAAGACUUCCUCCGGAACUCCUGGGUCUGGACGACGACGACUAAAAAGAGUACCAAUAUACCAAUAUGCAGCUAAGGUCGAGCGAGUGUCAGUGCGUUCUACACGCGCCGCAUUCCUAGAGCAUCGCAUUACACAUUUUCUAUCUCGUGUUAUACUGGGAGUUGAUCCUACAGUUUUUCCUCGCGUGUUGAAGGAGCAUGAUAAUGACUCAAUUUCGCGGUUCAGUUCACUUGUUGCGAGGUAUAAUCCGGGAGAUUUUCUUAGACCGUUGGAACUUCGAAUAUCCAGAUCCAGCAUUGUGUCGAUUCAUUGUUACCUUUCGUUUCGACGGAUGAACGUAUACUUCGGACAGGUAUUGUUCACUUGGAGAUAAUUGAAGAAGCUUUGUUCUGCAAGUCUUUCAAUCUAUCUGAGAAAAGCACGCGCUUUAUCGAACAAAACCAAACGUGAAAUAUGUGCUGGGCAUUCCAGGUCAAUUACGUUCGUUGUUAAUACUCGUUUCGACCAUUAUUUAAUAAAAAUAUAUACACCGAAGGUGGAAUAGUUUUUACGGGAGUUUGAAGUCUUCAUUUCCAAACUCUUAAGGUGAUUAACUUUUUCUCAAGAUGUUCGGUUCGAUUAAUUUCCACUCUUAAGUAUUCGUAGCUGUAAUAAUUAUUGUUAAAUAUCAUAACCAAAAAAAAUUUAGAACGAAAUAAAAGUAAAUAAAUUCCAACGUAGAUAUAUUUUUCAUUUUACCGUUUUAACAAACUUUGCCUUUCCAAAAGUCGACAGUUUCAAUUUUCUCAAAUAUCUCUUACGUAAUACAUGAGAAAUUUUUUUUUCACACCGUAUGUCCGGAUAAUAACAUUUCCAUCUCCGAUUUAGAUUAAUGCAACCUACAAUUAGCUUUAACAGUUGUAAAUAUUUGAAAAUAAAAGAAAAUGCAAUAUUCAGUUAAA